GGAGCUUCAGGUGGUCUGAGUUUGAGCGGACCUGCGUUGCGCGCUAGUCCGCGGGCUAGCCGAACCCGAACCUCUCGAUGAACGACGACCUCACUCCUCUUCCUUCCAAUUGAACCUCCACAAGACCCCAGCUUCUCUCCACUCACACUCUCGAAAUACAAUCGCAACCAUGUCUGACGGAGAACGCGAGACCAAGCCCUUCAAGUUCGUCACUGGUAAGCUCUUCGACGCCCGCUUCCCGAACCAGAACCAGACCAAGCAUUGCUGGCAAAACUAUGUCGAUUACCACAAGUGCAUCCUAGCCAAGGGCGAGGACUUCGCACCUUGCCGUCAAUUCUUCUUGGCUUAUCGAUCCUUGUGUCCAAGUGCCUGGUGUGAGAGAUGGGAUGAUCAGCGCAGCAACGGAACAUUUCCCACGAGACUGGAUCAGUAGAUGCUUUAGGAUUGUACUGAGGAAGAAUCGGGCGAGGGAGAAAGGGCAGUUUUUGCGAGCAUUGUGUCACAAAUCGAUAGGCGAAUUGAUAGAGGGGUUCUCUUGAAAGAAGUGCAGAUGCUGUUAUCUCUAGCAUAUCUAUUUCCAAUGGGUGAUGUUGUUUCAAUUAUGCACCUUUCUCUGCUCUCAGC